AUGGCGCAAGUCUUUUUCGACCUCAUAUCCUCCUUCGGGAGCUGUCUCAACUGCUUCCCUAGUUCGCCCACACUCAAGAUCAACAGCCGCAGCUUCAAGAUCCUGCGCCUGCUCGGCGAGGGCGGCUUCUCCUACGUCUACCUAGUCCAAGACACUUCAACCUCGGAACUCUUCGCCCUCAAAAAGAUCCGCUGUCCCUUCGGCGCCGAAUCCGUCGCCCAAGCCAUGAAAGAAGUCGACGCCUACAAGCUCUUCGCGCACUCCCCCGGCGUCAUCCACAGCGUCGACUACUCCAUCGCCACGGAGCGCGGGUCCGGCGAGCAAUCCAAAACAGUCUAUGUCCUGCUGCCGUACUACCGCCGCGGUAACCUGCAGGAUAUGAUCAACGCCAACUUGGUGAACCAUACCCGGUUCCCUGAGAAGAGGUUGAUGUUGCUGUUUUUGGGGGUGUGUAGGGCUAUGAAGGAUAUGCAUCAGUACCAGGGGGGUGGUGCUGCUGCUGCAGCGGGGCAGGAUGGUGCUGCCGGGGGGGAUACGCGUGGGGAGAGGAUGGAGGUUGGUGGUGGUGAGGGGGCACGGGCGCGGGGGACUAAGGUGGCGGAUGGGGAUGACGAGACGGAACAUCACCGGCCGUUGUUGACGGAGGAUGAGCGGUUGCCGACGGCGACGCCGGGGUCGAAGAGGAGUUAUGCGCAUCGUGAUAUCAAGCCGGCCAACAUCAUGAUCACCGACUCCGGCACCGACCCCAUCCUAAUGGACCUCGGAUCCGUCGCCGUCUCCCCUUUACCCAUCACCAGCCGGUCUCUCGCCAUCGCCACCCAAGACACCGCCGCCGAGCACAGCACCAUGCCGUACCGCGCGCCAGAGCUCUUUGACGUGAAAACCGGCACAGUCAUCGACACAAAAGUCGACAUCUGGUCGUUGGGCUGCACGCUGUACGCGUGUUUGGUGGGGAAAUCGCCGUUCGAGAUGCGCUCGGAUGAGACGGGGGGUUCGUUGAGUAUUUGUGUGUUGUCGGGGGAUUGGCGGUUUCCGGAUGAGGGGCCGGGGGGGAAGAAGAAGGGGAAGGGGAAGAAGUCGGCUGGUGCAGGUGGAGGUGCAAACCCAAGUGGGGGUGGGGAUGAUGAGGAGAGUAUUAGUGAGCCGAUUCGGGAGGUGGUGAGGAAGUGUUUGAGGGUGGAACCGAGUGAGAGGCCGGAUAUUGAUGAGUUGAUUGAGAUGGUGGAGGAGGUGGUGGAGGCGUUGCCUGAGGAUGGGUCGGCUUGA